UCCCUCCCUGCGAGGAAGUGGGCAGGGACUACAACUGGGAAGGGGAAAGAAGGGAGAGAGAAGCUGCCCAGGACUUGGAUCCCUUCUUCGUUGCUUCCUCGAGAAGGACAGCUCCACGCGCCCACUCCAGAACCCACUCCAGAACCCGAGCAGAAAUCUAGAGUAUACGACACACCCGGACCACUUUUGUGAGCUGGUGCCACAAUGGCCUUGCUGAAAUACUUCUGGAGAUUGCGUCCCCCUCGCCUGUCACUUCAUCAAAGCAAGAGAUGCAUCAUCUCUCCAAUUGUCUCUCACUAUGAGGCCAUAAAUUUGGGGGAAAAGGAGAUGCCCGAGUACUUCAAUUUUGCAAAUGACGUUAUGGACAAAUGGACACAGAUGGAAAAGGAUGGAACAACGCCCCUAAACCCAGUCUUCUGGUGGGUAAAUGGUCAGAAAGAAGAGGUGAAGUGGAGCUAUGAGGAACUGACCGUCUUGUCUCGAAAAGCAGCAAAUGUGCUCACUGGUCCGUGCGGCUUGCAAAGAGGCGACCGACUCCUCAUGAUUCUCCCAAGGAUUCCUGAGUGGUGGUUACUUGUUCUGGCAAGUAUACGGACAGGCAUUGUUUUCAUUCCAGGGACAUCCCAACUAACAGCAAAAGACAUUUCCUAUAGACUCCAGGCCUCCAAAGCCAAAGGCAUUGCAGUCAGUGAUGCGUUGGCCCCUGCAGUGGAUUCCAUUGCAUCUGAAUGCAAGUUGCUGAAAACUAAGCUCAUUGUGUCUGAAGGUGGCAGAGAUGGCUGGCUGAAUUUCAAGGAACUUUUAAAGGCUGCACCCGCUGAUCACAAUUGUGUUAGAACAAAGAGUGAUGACACUUUAGCCAUCUACUUUACCAGCGGGACCACAGGGACUCCCAAAAUGGUGUCACAUUCCCAUUCCUGCUAUGGCAUUGGACUGACAACUAUUGGCAGGCGCCUCAUGAAUCUGAGCCGUUCAUCUGUCUUCUGGAACAUAUCAGACCCAGGAUGGGUAAAGGCGGCCUGGUGCUGUUUGUUUACUCCAUGGAUUAAUGGUGCAUGUGUCUUCAUACAUCAAUUGCCAGUGUUUGAACCUACAGUUGUAUUAAAUACUCUUGCCAGUUAUCCAGUCACCAACUUCUGCGCACCUCCUACUGGAUACCGGAUGCUGGUACAGCAUGAUAUCACAAGGUACAAAUUCAUGAGUCUGAACCACUGUGUGACAGGAGGGGAAGCACUCAACCCAGAAGUGUAUGAAAACUGGAAGAAGCAAACUGGCCUGGAUAUCUAUGAAGGAUACGGACAAACUGAAACAGUAGCAAUAUGUGCAAAUGUAAAAGGAAAGAAAAUUAAACCAGGUUCCAUGGGGUUGGCAAUUCCACCAUAUGAUGUUCAGAUUAUAGAUGAUGAAGGCAAAAUCCAGCCUCCAGGGACAGAAGGAGAUAUUGCUAUCCGAAUCAAACCAAAGAGGCCAUUUUGUCUUUUCAAACAGUAUGUCGACAACCCUGAGAAAACCGCAGCCAGUGAGCGUGGGGAUUUUUAUUCCACCGGCGACAGAGGGCUGAUGGAUGAAGAAGGCUACAUUUGGUUUGUCGGAAGGUCGGACGAUGUCAUCAAUUCCUCUGGAUACCGUAUUGGCCCCUUUGAAGUGGAAAGUGCCUUGAUCGAACACCCAGCGGUUGUCGAAUCUGCUGUUGUCAGCAGCCCAGACCCUGUCAGGACAGAGGUGGUGAAAGCUUUUGUUGUCUUGUCUCCGAAUUAUGCAUCACAUGAUCGAGAAAAGCUUACCAAGGAACUUCAAGAUCAUGUGAAAAAGAUCACAGCUCCCUACAAAUACCCCAGAAAGAUUGAGUUUGUCCAAGAUCUACCGAAGACAGCAACUGGGAAAGUCCAAAGGAAUGUAUUAAGGAACCGAGAAUGGGGGAAAAUCUAGCUUCAGAUAAGCGUUUGCAAAUGAUGGUUCUCCUCAUCCCUGUCCUUGUCUAUUGAGGUGGAUCAUUUCCCACUAUUGUCCCGAUUUCUGAUAUAUUUUUGUAAAGAAGUUUGUUCUAAAAUGCUAAGCAGAGGCAUUGACACAGUCAAGAAAAAACUUUACCUUUUUUGACCCACAGAUGCUCCUAAAGUAGAUCUAAAAUUCUCACAAGAUUCAUGAUUUUCGCCCUAAGAUUAUGGACAAUGGGUGGGCAUUCUUUGCAAAGUGUUAAUCUUGACCCGCAUGUUCUUCCCCAGUGAGGACAUCGGUUUCCAGGUGGAAGGUGGUCCCGGUCAGGGUUGGCUUGACACGCCUUCCUCUUGGCAUGUUCUUCCCAUUCACCUUCCAUUCCACAGCACUGCUGGUCACAGCUGACCUCCAGUUACAUACUUAGCUACAUACUUAACUAUGACAUGACAUUCUUCAAAAACUGUGAAAAUGCUUACGGGGAAAUACCAGCAAGUGCCUUUAAUGAGCAUCAAGCUUUACCAAUAUACUGUACAUCAACUCUCCUUAGCUAGGGCUUUGAUGCACAUCCCUGCAAUGCUCAUCAGUUACUUUUCCAGCUCCCCUGUGCAAUAACUGCGUGGUAGUCCCAUGCUGAAUGUGGAUCUUAUAGAACUUCCCAACUGCUGCUCUUACAUAAGCGCACUUACGAAGUCCCACAUAUGCUAGGAAGAUGUGAAGUCCCACAUAAGCUUUCUGGCUAAAAUUAUACUUUUGGCAUCUUUUUAAAAUUAUGGCUCAAACAACAUCCGGUGCUCUAAAAUAUUGCAAAUAAGCUCCGCUCCUAACUGUAGCCACCUUCUUGUCUCCUUCCUUGUCCUUUACCCCAAAAUAAAGUGUAUUAUUUCA